UUCAGGGUAAAACACUCAACGGUAUUUCCUGAGCUAACUACACUCGCCUAGGCUCUGACAGAUAACCUCAACCCACCUUAACACGUUUUAGGAUAACGUUACAAAACUGGGCAGAAUGCCAAUCGGAACAUAUACAGUUUGUUGAUGUAGUUCGUUGUUUAUGUCAGUCAACAGGUGCCUAAGAAAACCUAGCUACUGGUUGCUAAAUUAUCCUAGCUAACGUUAGCUAAUAGCUAACUUACACCGCGAGCUAUUUAGCAUCAGCUAGCUUUCUAACGGUGGCUAAACAGAUAACGUUACGCUUACUAACAGGUUGUAUUUGAGUGACAGCCUGUUAUUCCGGACAACCAAGCUGAAAAAGAAGAGAGGGGAUGGUGCAGCCCCAGCCUGAUGGCCCAAUGCAGUGGGACAUGUCCGGAGAAGAGAGUGGAGGGACCCUCAGGGUCCCACCUGAGCUGGCUGCCAAUGAAGUGGUGACCAGGUUGCUGGGUGACAACCAGCAGCUUAGAGAGGCCUUGCGGCGGAGCAAUCUUGCAUUACGACAACGCUGUGAGGAGAUGGAGGGAUGGCAGCAGAGGACAAGAGAGGAACGAGAAUUUCUCAGCUGUCGUUUCCAGGAGGCCAGGGCCCUGGUGGAGAGGCUAGCCCAGGAAAACCACUCAUUACAGGGCUUGGUGAAUGGACCAGCCUCCACCGCUAACAACUGCUGCAGCUCCAGCCAGACUGAGGACCUGCAGGGGCGCCCGGCAAGGAACAGACCACUGGAGGGACCACAGACACUAGAUCAGCGGGAGAAGAAAAGAGUUGAAGAGACGGAUCAACACACACAGACCACGCCACCUCGCAGCCUGGGUGAUGCGAGUGUGCAUAGCUCCUUGAGUAGCGCCCUCCCCUCUCCCCCCACCUCACUUUCAGAGGCAUGGGGGGAGAUAAUGGGCAGGGAAAAUGGCCAGCCUGUGGAAGGUGCAAACGAGUUCCUCCAGCUGCUGAAGAGCCACAAAGAAAAACUGGAGGAAGGGAUGAGAGACCUGAGGAGGAAGAAUGAGGAGCUGGAGAGCCAGAGGGAUGAGGGAGAGAAGGAGAGGGAGCGAAUGCGGCGUUGCAUUGAUCAGCUGCGAGCCAAACUGGCCCAGGCACAGGCAGGCAGUGCUACUGAGGAGGCUGUUCAACAUCGCUCUGAGGCGCAGCACUCCUCUGACUGGUAUCGUGAGUUGGAGGAGAAGCUUGAUUUUCUGCAGAAGAGUUCAGCUCAGCGGGACAGAACUGAAGCUCUGCUCAAACAGAAGGACAAGGACUGUGCCCAGCUGGCCAAGGACUGUGAGGCUCUGAAAGCUCAAGCAACUUCCCUAUUAGGAGAACUGAAUGAGAGACAGAGCUGCCUGGAGAAGAGCGAGCAUGAACGCAAAAUGUUGGAUGACAAGCUAAGCAAUAAGGUGAAGGCCCUGCAGGUGGCAGAGCGGGAGCUGGAGCAGCAGAGGAAGCAGCAUCAUGUGGCCAUGGACAAGCUGCUGCUGCAGACCCAAAGCCUGGAACAGGCCCUAAAGACGGAGAGACACGUUGUCACAGAGGAGAAGAAAAAACUGACACAAUUGCAGCAUGCCUACACGUGUCUGUUUAGAGACUAUGAUUCCAAACUGAAGAGUGAGGGAGGAGAUCUGUGCAGCCGACUAGAGGAGGCAGAGCGAGCGCUGGCCCUGAAGCAGGAUCUGAUUGAUAAACUGAAGGAGGAGGUGGAGCAACAGAAGGGCUCCCUGGAGACUGUUCCGGUCCUCACUGCACAAGCAGAGAUUUACAAGGCAGAUUUCCUAGCAGAGCGAGAAGCGAGAGAGAAGCUGAACCAGAAGAAGGAGGAGCUGCAGGAUCAGCUGACUCAGGCCCUGGCUGAGAUUGACAGGCUCAAGCAGGAGGCCACAACACGAUUACGUAUGGAGCAGAUGAAGCUGCGACACGUGGACGACUUUACAACACGGGCCCCACGCAUCCCACCCCCACAAGCUUUCAACACGGUGCCCCCUGCCCCCUCAUUCCGCAAUCAGGGUCUGGUACCAGUCGGUGAUCAAGGGGCAGCCGGAGCUGAGGAGCUGCCAGAUUUAUGUUGUCCUAAGUGCCAGUACCAGGCUCCAGAUAUGGACACGCUGCAGAUACAUGUCAUGGACUGUAUACAGUAACCUGGGCAUAGCUCAGCACACCAUGACACCAACACUUAUAUAUACAGUAUAUUUACAUUUUUGACGUUCCUUGUGUCUCCUACCAGCUCUGGGCACAGCCUGGAAAAACAUGUUUGGUAGUUGCACCUUAAUAUUUCUGUCAUGUACACACACAUACAGAAACCUGGAUGCAUACUGUGGAUCUUUUAAUUUUAAAAACUGAAUGUUAGAAUCAAGUGGCAAUCGGAUGGCAGUAUGAACAAUUGAAAGAAAAGAAUGACAGCAAGAUAAUCAGCAUGGUAUUUUCCUCAAAGUGCUCCAUAGAUUGUAGCUUUUCCAUUCUGCAACUCAUCCUUUUUCAUCAUUCUUUUUUCUCCCAGCACCUCCUCUUGUAUGCCCACUCUUCCCCCUUCCCAUGAUGGCACACUGAUGCAAAUUUCCAUCAGUAUUUAUAUAUGAUCCCUGAUACCCUCCUUACUCUAGUGGCAUAGUGGGAACUGAGGAGGUAACUACAUACUGUGGAAUAAGUGUGUAUACUUUGACUACAUCAUCCAUGUUACAUCAAUAUCAUCAAUUUUCAUCAAUACAUCAACACAUCAAUAAUCAUUGGGCGUAAGGUGAAAAAGUGACAGUUGAGAGGAGUACUUUUUCCCUCAAAGAAGGAAACCACAUGACAGUGUACCCUAGUGAGCUUUAAAUAAUAUAGAGUAUUCAAAUAUGUUUUGGUCAUAAAUGUUGCUGUCUGCAUUACCUCAAAACAUGUGUUACUAUGUAUUAGAGAUGGAUUUACUCUUAUUGAAAAAAGUAGCCAUUCUCUGUGUUCUGUGCCUGUGUACACCUUUAACUGCACCACUGCUUUAUCGCUGAUGCUAGACCUGACCCUUUACCCAACAUAGCUCUAUUUGUGCCCUUUAUUCUGUCUUAUCUUUACCUGUGGCACCUGACUAUCUAUUGGAAGGUAAGCACACUGAGGGUUCCUUCACAAUUUGUGUGAAUAUUGUCUGUAAUUAUACAUAAUUUGGUGCAAAGAAUAUUGUUUCAAAGUGUUGAAGAUUUACAAAAUAAAUCAGUUAUUCAUUA